UUCGCACGCACUAUUUGCGUUUACAUCCAGCAUUGGAAACGCUUGCGUCGAGCUGUGACGUCAUGCUCACGCAUGCGCACAACAGCUCCCAUAUGUGGAGAAAACCUCCCACGACUUGUCACGACUGGUUGAAAGACGCAUGAGAGUCUGUUUGCCGUGGUAUGGAUGGCGAUCUCACACAGAUUAAUGAUAUCUCACCGGUAGUAUCCGCACCACUUGGACCUCAACGUCGGAGGCCUUUAAGAUCAGACAGUCUUGAGGUAAAUGAUUGUUCGAACAACAAUUCAAAAGGAAUAGAUGUACAAUGUAUAAAGGAUAUGUCCCAACAGCGACAAAAGUUAGACCAUAUAGAUGAAAAUGAUGUAUUAUCUGAUAAUUCUGACCAUGACAAACAAACGACAGAUGAUUCUGAGUUACAGACAGAUGAGUCAGAUAAAGAGAAAGAGUUAUUUCAUUCAACUCCAAAGUCCCGAAAUUGUUCUACAACUUUUUACUCUCCAGAAAGCAUAAAUAAUAAGUCUUUGAAGGAUUCGUUAAAAAAAUCUCCACCUGGGAAAACAGAAUUUCAAUCAUCUAGUAGUGAACAAAAUACAAAUAAUUCUUUUUUUUCCUCUCCUUUUUCUUUUGUUAUAAUUAUCAUAUUAGCAAUAUCUGUCUAUUUAGUUUUAAGCGUGACUAAAAGUACAAAGGAAAACAAAACGGAAUUUAUAAGUAAUAAAGACUUGUUUAAAUCCAUUGAAGAUGUUAAAACUAAAUUUUACAACCAAGAUUCAUAUAUCUGGAAUGAUAUUUCAUCCGGAAUAAAUGAAGUAAAAAUGAGAACUCCCAAAGUACCCUCCAUCAUUCUAUUAUUUGCAAAUGAAACCCACACAAUGGACUGUUUAGCGUCAGCACUGGCGCACUUGAGCAAUAACAUUCUAGGUGGUGACGGUCUUUUAAAUUUAAAUCCGAAAAAUUUCGGAGACGAUCCCGGUGAGAUCAUCGAUGCUCUGAAAAAGACCUCAACGCAAAAGGCUGUGAUAAUUCGUGAUGUCUUAAAUAUUAAUACGGAAGCGAUAAAAGCGUUGCACAAUUUGUGCGACAGGAUAAACCCAUUAAUCCGAGAAGUUAUUUAUAUCAUUACGAUGCAGACCAAAAAUUACGAAUCGUCGCAAAAGAAGAUGGCAUUUGUGGAGAAACAGAUAUACCACAAACUGUCGAAAAAUAUCGAUGAGGAUAUCUUGAUGGCACUCGUAACACGAAUUACAGACGGAGCGAUCAUAUUGGUACAACCCGAACCGAAUCUGCGGUAUUGUUGAUUUGUCCAAGGCUCUAAGGGUAGGUCUCUAGACAAUUGUUUUGUUUAUAAUGUGCAUAUCGAUGAUGCUAUAGAAUUCUGUAUACUUUGUAUUUCUUAUAUAUAUAUAUAAAAAGAUAAGAUUUUUUGGACAUAUCGCUCAAAUUUCAUACUAAAGUUUAUUUUAAUGUACACUAUAAAAUAUAAAAAUUAAUCGCUUCUCCAUUCUUUUGUGGUCACAAUGCAAUGAAGAUACUGGAUUUUCUUUUAAUUUAUAUCAAUCUUACGUGUUUGUUGAUUAUCGUAACUACAAUCGCGCUUGUAUUUGCACGUAAAUUAAGGAAACUCAAAUCGACGUCUUUCAAUUUCACUUUAUUUUGUUAUGCCAAUAUUACACGAGAUUAAAUUCAUCUUUAGUGAGUCUUCCUAUAUGAUCACAAUUUCAUACUUCUAUGUAUUUUCAAAAAAUAUAACGGCACUGCUGUAUCUAGCGAUUCCACGCAUAUUUUCGAGAAUGACAUUUAUUUAGCUCCAAAAUAAAAUACAAUUAACAGAAUUUCAUUGUAUGUGAUAUCGGAUUCUCGUGUUAUUGUGUCAGUCAGCACUGUCCGUGUACAGUAAUUAAAUAAGUAAUGUCGAGUAUCGUAUUUUACUUAUUGCCAAUUUACAAGAUUUCUCAUUGCAAUCUCCUAAUUUAGUUAAAAUUAU